AUGACGACUGAACGGUCCGAUCUCACAGAUCGGGUCAUACCCCAGAUGACCCUGGGCGACGGGUCGCCCGGCUCCCUCACUGCCCCGCCUCCGCCUCUACCCCGCGAUACUCCGCCCGCGGCCCGGGCCCAGGAGCGCUUCCGGGUAAAGGGCAAUGCCAUCGUGACAGGCGGUGCCGGCGACCUCGGCUUUGCCGUGUGCAGAGCUCUGCUCGAGCACGGUCUGGAAGGCUUGAUGAUACUCGACAUGAACCCCGACGAGGCAGAGAAGAAAAUCAAGAUGCUCCAGUCCGAGUUUCCGGCGACAAUCCAGUUCCAGAAGGUGGACGUGACGGACGAGGACGCUGUCAAUGAGGCCGUUGAAAGCACUAGCAAAUCGCUUGGCCCCGUCACGACUCUCCUGAACUUUGCCGGGAUGGUCGCCUGUGGCCACGCGCUAGAUUGGUCCUCGAAAGACUGGAAUCGCGUGAUGAACGUCAACACGAUAGGGGCGUUCCUGGUGGCCCGCGCAGUCGCUCGCACCAUGAUCGACCACGGGAGCGGCGGCAGCAUCGUCUUCGUGGCCAGCGUGUCGGCCCAUGGGGUCAACUUCCCGCAGCCCCAAGCUUCAUACAACGUGUCCAAGGCGGGGGUCAAGGCGAUGGUGAAGUCGCUUGCUGCAGAAUGGGCUGUGCAUGGCAUCAGAGUAAACAGUAUCAGCCCGGGUUACAUGGACACUAUUCUCAACGAGGGAGACGGCCUAGACGAGGCAAGAAAGGUGUGGUUGAGUCGGCAUCCAAUGGGACGGAUGGGGCAGCCUGAUGAGCUUUCGGGGGUUGUAGUGAUGCUGGCCAGUCGCGCGGGAAGUUACUUUACUGGCGCAGACCUCUUGGUGGACGGUGGUCAGUCGCUGCUCUUGUGA